AGGGAGUGCAUUUCUAUACACAUAGGCCAAGCAGGUGUCCAGAUGGGCAAUGCAUGUUGGGAGUUGUACUGCCUGGAGCAUGGUUUCCAACCAGAUGGGAGAAUCCAUGAAUCCAGUACUGCUUCCCUGGCUGAUUCCUCAUUUGGUACCUUCUUCAGUGAGACUGGAGGUGGGAAAUAUGUUCCCAGGGCUGUCUUCAUAGAUUUGGAGCCUACAGUUGUGGGUAAGGAACAUAGUUGUAUAGCUAGCUCUACAACCUCAAUGGUAUGAAAUGGCAUGGUGUACAUUGGCAUGUAAUAUCUUGAAUUGUUAUUUUUACUGCAUCUAGUUUCCUUUUUGUAUAAAACUUCUUGCCUUUUCUGCAUAUGCCAAUACAAUGUAUUCUAGAUGAAAUAAGGAAUGGACACUACCGUCAGCUGUAUCACCCUGAACAACUAAUUAGUGGCAAGGAGGAUGCUGCCAAUAACUAUGCACGUGGCCAUUACACCAUUGGCAAGGAGAUUGUGGAAUCUGUACUGGACAGAAUGCGUAAAAUGGUGAGUGGCUCAAUCUCUAGUUUCAAGUCCCUCUAUGGUGAAAUUUGGAUGAAUUGUUAAUGUGUGCUCGUUCUCCUCAGGCUGACCAGUGCACUGGACUACAAGGGUUCCUUAUCUUCCAUAGUUUUGGAGGUGGAACUGGCUCUGGCUUUGGUUCGCUCUUAAUGGAGCGCCUGUCUGUAGACUAUGGCAAGAAGUCCAAACUGGAGUUCUCAGUCUACCCUGCGCCCCAGGUGUCCACGGCAGUUGUGGAGCCCUACAACUCCAUCCUGACAACACACACCACUCUGGAGCACUCGGAUUGCUCUUUCAUGGUGGACAAUGAGGCCAUUUUUGACAUCUGCAAGCGUAAUCUUUGUGUGGAGCGUCCAUCUUAUACCAAUCUGAACCGCCUCAUUGCCCAGAUUGUCUCCUCAAUCACUGCCUCUUUGCGCUUUGAUGGGGCGCUCAAUGUGGAUCUGACAGAGUUCCAGACCAACCUGGUUCCUUACCCCCGUAUCCACUUCCCCCUGGUCACUUAUGCUCCCAUCAUCUCAGCAGAAAGGGCCUAUCACGAGCAACUCUCUGUUCCUGAGAUCACAAAUGCUUGCUUUGAGCCGGCUAACCAGAUGGUGAAGUGCGAUCCCAGGCGUGGCAAGUACAUGGCCUGCUGCUUGCUGUACCGUGGUGAUGUGGUGCCCAAAGAUGUCAACGCAGCCAUCGCCCACAUCAAGACCCGCAAAUCCAUCCAAUUUGUGGAUUGGUGUCCGACAGGGUUCAAGGUGGGGAUCAACUACCAGCCGCCUACUGUUGUGCCUGGGGGUGAUCUGGCUAAGGUGCAGCGAGCUGUGUGCAUGCUGAGUAACACAACAGCUAUUGCAGAGGCUUGGAGUCGUCUGGACCACAAGUUUGACCUGAUGUAUGCCAAGCGGGCCUUUGUGCACUGGUAUGUGGGUGAAGGCAUGGAGGAGGGGGAGUUCUCUGAGGCCAGAGAGGACAUGGCUGCUCUGGAGAAGGAUUAUGAAGAGGUGGGGGCAGACUCUGGUGAUGGUUGUGAGGAGGAAGAAGAUGAAUACUAA